AUGGAUCUCAUUGGCAAGAUUUAUCCAACCAGUAGCAAACAACACUGUUUCACCAUUGUAGCUACGGACUAUUUCACCAAAUGGGUGGAGGCCAAACCUGUUAAAUCUACUACAUCUCAAGAAAUCAUCACCUUCAUAGAUGAACAGAUUAUACAAUGGUUUGGCAUUCCAGAAUCAAUCACAACUGAUAGGGGAUCUUCUUUCAUAUCUGGAGAAAUGCUAAAUAUGGCAGAAGCAUUCAAAUUUAAGCUACUCCAAUCCACACUUCGUACUAUGCUAAAGCUAAUAGACAGGCAGAAUCAACAGUCCAACUCUCAGAAUUGCUCAUCAACACAGUUGAUUGGAGAAGAUUACUCUCAAGCCAUGCUGCUCGAACUAGAAGGAUUGGAUGGAAGUAGACUAUAUACCCUCAACAAACUCUUUGCAGGAAAACAGGCUGUAUCAAGGGCCUACAAUAAGAGAGUUAAAAACGAGAGUUUUGAAGAAGGGGAGAUAGUCUGGAAAGUAGUUCUGCCCCUUAGAACACAUAUAGCUGGUUAUGGAAAGUGGUCACCUACAUGGGAAGGACCUUUCAUAAUUAAGCAAAUCCUUAGACUAGGGGCAUACAGAUUACAGGAUCGAGAUGGAGAUGUUCAUGCUGCACCAAUCAAUGGCAAAUGGUUGAAGAAAUUCUAUUCAACUAUGUGGGAUUCACAAGCUAUGCAAACAAACCCUGGAAUAAAGAGGCAGCAAAAUGAAGCUGUUGUUUAA